UCGGUAUCGUCUGCGCGAGGAAACGGAGGCUGGUGCGCAAGGAUAGGCUGUAGACGACGCAGCUGUUGCUAUUGUACUACGCUUGGGAAACACCCUCGGGGAAACAACGGCAAGUAAUUAUCUUCGUUUGCAAUUACUAUAGCGAUAUCAUCAUAAAUAUAUGAAUUAGAAAAUAUAAUAGAAAAAGUAAAUCAAUGGUACAGAAAAGUAGUAUGUCCAGGACGCCUUCGACCUCAACCCAGGAGAUCCAAAUGGACAUGUUUGAUCAACAUCCACACGCACAGGGAAAGUAUUCCAAGCGGAAGAGCCGCUUCAAGCGCUCCGAUGGAAGCACCUCCUCUGACACCACCUCCAACAGCUUUGUUCGGCAGGGCUCUGCUGACUCCUACACCAGCCGGCCGUCAGACUCAGAUGUGUCCCUGGAGGAGGACCCAGAGGCGCUGAGGAAGGAGGCAGACCUACAGGCCCUCGCCACCCUCGAGAAAGCCAAGACCAAACCAGUGGCCUUCGCUGUGCGGACGAAUGUGGGCUACAACUCUGGGCCCAACGAUGACAUCCCGGUGCAGGGCAUGGCCAUCUCCUUUGAAGCUAAAGACUUCCUACACAUCAAAGAGAAGUACAAUAAUGACUGGUGGAUUGGGCGACUGGUGAAGGAGGGCUGUGAGGUGGGGUUCAUCCCCAGCCCAGUCAAACUGGAGAACACCCGGCUACUGCAGGAGCAGAAGAUGAGACAGAACCGCCUCAGCUCCAGUAAAUCUGGUGGCAGCUCCAGCCUGGACGUUGCCACGGGAACACGCAGGCCCACCCCUCCUGGCACAGCUCAUGUGGACAUGUCCACGAUGGCUUUUGACCUUGACCCCCUGGACCUGGAUGCCGAGGAGCCCCCUGAGUCCCAGGGUGACCCUCGCUCCCCCAAGGGCAGCGCAGGCAGCGUCACCUCUCCCCAGGGCCAAAUCCACCGCCUGCCCUUCUUUAAGAAGAUGGAGCAUGUUCCCCCUUACGAUGUGGUCCCCUCCAUGAGACCCAUCAUUCUAGUGGGGCCGUCACUCAAGGGCUACGAGGUGACUGACAUGAUGCAAAAGGCUCUCUUUGACUUUCUCAAGCACAAGUUUGAGGGCAGGAUAUCCAUCACUCGGGUGACAGCAGACAUCUCCCUGGCCAAGCGCUCGGUCCUCAACAACCCCAGUAAACACACCAUCAUCGAGCGCUCCAGCACCCGCUCCAGCCUGGACGUACUGGCGGAGGUGCAGAGUGAGAUUGAGCGUAUCUUUGAGCUGGCCCGCACCCUGCAGCUGGUUGCCCUAGACGCAGACACCAUCAACCACCCCUCUCAGCUGGCUAAGACCUCCCUGGCUCCCAUCAUCGUCUACAUCAAAAUAGCCUCACCUAAGGUCCUCCAGAGGCUCAUUAAAUCCCGGGGGAAGUCCCAGGCCAAACACCUGAACGUGCAGAUGGUGGCAGCAGACAAACUGGCCCAGUGCCCCCCUGAGCUGUUUGACAUCAUCCUGGAUGAGAACCAGCUGGAGGACGCCUGUGAGCACCUGGCUGACUACCUGGAGGCAUACUGGAAGGCCACGCACCCCCCCAGCAGCAACCCCCCGAACCCCCUGCUCAACCGCACCAUGGCCACGGCCGCCCUGGCCGCCUCCCCAGAGCCCGUCUCCAACCUGCAGGUACAGGUGCUCACCUCCCUGCGCCGCAACCUGGAGUUCUGGCCCGGCCUGGAGGGCCCCGGGGCCGAGGAUGGGAAGGUGGCCGAGCACGCCCUCUAAAGGCCAGCUGGGGGGGGGGGACAGCUCAGGGGGAGAGACACCCCCUUCCUAACCCAAACCCGGCUGCCUGCUCUCCAGAUAUACCCCACCCCAUCCUCCCUCUCUCCAUCCCUCCCCUUGUCCUGAAAGAAGGAAAGAACCUAAUUGCAUUAUGUUUAGACCACGUCCUCAUUCAUAAUACUGUAUAGAGAAACACCACAUACAUGAAGAGAGGGAGGGAGCUGUUUACUGUAGAGUGUAUACUGGGUCCAUCACAUUGGAUCCAACUCAAUAACACACACACUUACACAGACAUUCAUAUUCACACACACAUCAGAGUACUCAGAACAAUAUAGGCCCCACACAUUACUGUAAAAGCCUUCUAUGUUAGAAAACACCCACACACAAGCACAGAGAGGACAAACAGAGAGCUUCGUCCUCUUCAAGAAAACCUCUCUGCAAAUGACACAGUAUCUAAGAGCAAGACACACCCGAAAAUUAGAAAAGGAGAGUUUCUAUGGGCAGGACACUGGAUCUAGACCAAACCAGCACUGGGAAGGGUUUUCAUUGAGAAUAACACGCACACAAUCACAUUGAAGUUGUGAAAUUAAUUGAUGGGGGCAGUUAUUGGAAGAAGUGAAAAUCCUCCAUCAUCCAUCCAUCAGUCAGUGAGGUACCUCUGUCUCUGGUCUGCUGGCUAUUCCCUGUUGACUGUAAUUGGGAGAGAAAAUUGAGUUGUGUACCCCUUACCCAACCUCAGGGCUCCCUGCCUGGCCUCCUUUCUUCAGCACUCCUUUAUCGUCUGGGAAACGGUGUCCAGUUUGCUUCCCUCCUCCGUGUUGCCAUGGCACUGUCCCUGAAAAGGAGCGAGUCAUCUCGGCCGCUUGGCCAAUGUGUGCCUUGUUGUUGUGGCAUCAUUUCUAGUUUUCUGAUUUGUGUGGCGUGGCAGGGAUGGGCUGUGUUUGUGUGUGUGUGACCGUGCAUGCAUAUGUUUGCGUGUGUGUGUGUAAAGUGAUGUGGGCCAUGACUAAUGUCCUAUUUCAUUAAUUCACACAGCAAACUCUAACCAGCAGAAAGAUGAUCAUCUGGGUCUCAUCUCCAAUCAGCCACUGGCUUCAGCCAAAUACAUAUGGCAUGACUAAUGACUGUCAUAGUCCAAGACCUUGUAAAAGUGUCCAAGCUGUUGCCGUAUAUCAAUGAGUUAUACCCACAGAAUUGAUUUAAUUGUGUUCAGUUAGACAUAAAUGCACUAUUAUGAACUGUGCUUUCUCUGAUACAAUAGGUCAUAUUUUAUAUGUUGUCUUACGUCAGAUACCGCGUCGAUUCCGCCUGUACUGAUCUGUCUCGGUUGAGGGCCGAGCGUCGCGUAGGAGUAACACGAUCUGACAUAAGACAAUGGCGGCUGCAUGGAUUCAUUAGGAUUCGUUCAGAUGGAGUUAUUGUUUUACUGUCAAUGCGUGUGACUAAGCUCUGCCUAUUCAAAGUCAUUAGCAAGGAUCAGCCAAAUGAUGGCUUGACCCAACUCUAAAGUGUCUUGUUAAUUGUGCUGAGUUAAACAGAAUGUAAUACUUACUAUUUAGGAUUAGGAACAUGUCUGAAUGAAAAAGAGAUAUCACAAUUAGUUGAAACAUCAUUUUAGCUGCUGUGAAAAAUCAGCCAGAAGAGGGCAGUGUUGGUUUUGCAGCCAGGAGCUGAACAUGAUGUUUUGCUUGCCUAAUGAAUGCUUGGCUGUUUCUCUUACAGGUGAAUGAACACAUUUCUGUAGCCUAUGGAAAAGAGUGUGCGCGCCUGUGUGCAUUUAUUACAUACAAAAAAUAAUGUCACUUUGACCAAGUAAUGAUUUCAAUGCAAUAACGGUGUGUUUUAAGUACUGCAUAAAUAUUUGAAUUGUUAUACUGUAAACCUCUAUUUGUGUUGCAUUAUGAACUGACUGACUGACAUUACUGAUAUCCUGCUUUAUCUAACUGCACCCUAACCUUUCAUAACCCUGUUGACUAACCCACUGCCUGGGCCUUGUUCUGUCUGUCUCACUGUGUCUCUGCAUGGCGUGUGGUGUGGUAUGGGUGUGGCUCGCUGCAGGGGCCGUACCUGGUGCACGGAGAAC